AUGGGGGCCCGCCAGAAACAAGCUGAAAAGAGGAGGGGUAAAGCAAAUCUCGCAAAGACGGUGGAGAGCGAGGUGUUCUCUGACUCUCAAGCCAGAAAUCUAUUAGCUGACCAACCCAAGUUAACGCCGAAGUCAAAGGUCAAGAAGCCUAGCAAACAGGCGAUAAAGAAAAGAGAGGCAAAGAUAAGACUUUACGGUGCUCGAAAUGGCAAGGAGUACAGGGAAGAGGAAUUGAACAUUCCUACACUUAACAGAGCUAUUGUCCCAGGUGUCAAGCCUAAGAAAGGCAAGAAAGGAAAGAAGUUCGUUGAUGACCAUGAUAGUCUAAUGUUGAAUCGUUUGGUCAAGUCCAUUAAUGAUAAACACGAUCAGGUGAAUGAAUCCAAAUUGGAGAAGGCCAGGCGAUUGGAGGAAAUCAGAGAAUUGAAGAGAGCUGAAAUAGAGAGAAAGGAACAAGAAAAGGCGAAUAAAUUGAAUGACAAGAAAGCUGAGAUCAAAAACAAGUCGAAUCUAGCGAGAGCAGCUAGGCGAAAAAAUGCCAGGGCUGCCAAGAGAGCAGAGUAUAACGAAGAAGAUGAAAAUGAGGAGCAGGAACCUAGGAAGAAGAAGAAGUCCGUAUCCUUUGCAUGA